UUAUCAAAACAAAAAGGCCAGCGCUACCUCCAUCUCAACCGCGGGAACCUCCGCCAGAGCGACUGGUCGGAGGUCGCCGACGCCGUCAACGACCGCUAGGAUCUCCUCGGCCGACCGAGGAGGACCGACGUCCAGUGCAGGAACAGGAUCGACACGGUGAAGAAGAAGUACAAGCUUGAGAAGUCGAAGCCCCCGGGGACCUCUCAGUGGCCUCUCUUUGAUAAGUUCGAUGCUUUCAUGGGCCCCAGCUCGUCGUCCGCGGGCAAGAGAUCGCCGGUGAUCUCUCCGCCUCGGCGUCCGAGGCUGAUGUUUACGGUUAAGCCCCGAAAACCUAACCCUAGUUCUAGCUCUAAUGUGGGUGGAUUUUCGGGUGGAUCUUGGAGGUUUGGGCCACAGGAGUCGUCUAGUGAGAGCUCUGUUAGGCGAGAAUGACAAAGAGUUGGAUGGUGAUGAGGGGGAGGAUCGAGGGGGUGAGAAGAGGAAAUGGGAGGGUUUGGUUGGAUGCGAGAGGGAGAGGGGAGGAGGAGGAGGAGGAGGAGAAAUGGGACAGCUUGCGAGGGCGAUUGUGAAUUUUGCGGGGGUUUACGAGAGGGUGGAGAGUGCGAAGCAGCAGCAGAUGAUGGAGCUGGAGAGGCACAGGAUGGAGUUUGUGAAGGAGUUGGAGUUGAAGAGGAUGAAGAUGUUUAUGGAGGUGCAGCUCGAGAUGGAGAGGAUGAAGAUGAAGCGGAGGAAGAAGAGCAGUUCUCGGUUAGGGAAGGGAAGCCGACGGUUGUUCGGUGCAGCUUCGAUCUGAGGAGAGGUGGACGGUGGCUGCUCGAGGGCGAAGAACGAUGGCUACUGUCGACGGUUGAGGGAGAGCAGGGAGGAGGGGACCGCAGGGUUGGGGUGGCGCUGGAUGUCGACGGGCGCCGUGAGGAGGUGCCUGGGAUGGCGGUGGCUGUUCGACGGUGGGCUGAGGGUGGCGUAACGACAACGUGGACGACAUGAUGGCGCGGGCGAAGGGCAGGACGUCGUCGGUGAGGCUGUUCGGAGGUGACGGAGAUCAGGGGGUCGUCGGGACUGUUGGAAGGUGGAGGGGAGUAGGGGUGUUGGCGAGUGGAGGCUGCUCGUUGUUGAAGGGGGGCAGGGAAGUCGGGACGAUGACGGCUUGAAGUGGGGCUUGCGGCCUGUAGAGAGAGUGAUGACGGGGAGAUGGGGUGGUGGCUGAUCGGAACGAUGGAGGAGAGGAGAGCAUAG